UUUCCUUUUAUCAAGACAGUUUUUGAAUUUUUAUUUUGUUUCUGUGUACACGCAUGACGUGAUCUGUGUCAGCCCGGCAAAGCUUUCUGGACCUCUAGGGCUUCCGUUCCAGGUGACUCCCAUUUUUAUUGACAGCACUUGUACAUACAAGAGCUGCACAGCGACCAGCUAGUCCAAGUAGCUUCCGCAGCAGAGGCAGCAUCCAGCAACAGUUAGCAGUGGGGUCUAAGCAGGACUUGGGUGUGAAUCGCACUGGAGGUUCAGUGAAUGUUUUUACAAUGAAGAAAAUAAAAGCCCUCGCCUCCUGACAUCCACGCUGUGGUUAAUGAGGGUCUGUGGCGGUAACAGUGACUGACAUGGAUGCAAGUGACAGUAAGGAUGUGAAGUUGUCAGCUGAAGUGGAACCAUUCAUCCCACAGAAGAAAGGUCUAGAAGGAUCCCUCGUCAGCAUGAGUCUUUCUGGAGAGCCAGGUGGUGGAGGAGGAGGGGGCGGAGGUGGUGGAGGGGUGGAGACCACUCCCAUACCCAGCUAUCUUAUCACUUGUUACCCCUUUGUCCAGGAGAACCAAUCCAACAGGCAACACCCCAUGUAUAAUGGAGGAGAGCUGCGCUGGCAGCAGCCCAACCCCAGCCCUGGUGGUCCGUACCUGGCCUAUCCCAUUUUGUCUUCGCCCCAGCCUCCAGUCUCCAAUGACUAUGCUUAUUACCAGAUCAUGCCUGCUCCAUGCCCGCCUGUGAUGGGCUUCUACCAGCCCUUCCCUGGCCCCUAUGCUGGGCCUGUGCAGGCUGGAGUGGUCAACCCUGUCACAGCGGAUGUCAGUGAAAGGCCUCCUCCCCUGGGACAAGCUUUUGGGCUGACCAGUCCAAGGGGGAGGGGCAUGGUCCGACCAAAUCUUCUGCCAAAGGUACAGAAGCAGCAGCUGGGUGUGUGCCAGCCCUCAAGGGGUCGCCGGCCCCCUACCAGGAGCGUAGCUGUGCAGAAGGAGGUGUGUGCCUUGGGGCCAGAUGGCAGAACCAAGACUGUCCUGCUUGUGGACGCAGCACAGCAAACUGAUUUCCCUGGUGAGGUGUCAGGGCGAUGUGUUACAGAGAGGGCAAGCCCGCUGCUGUGGAAGAACCGAACAAAAAGAAGACGGGCAUCCAAUCCAGCAGAAAGCUACAGUGAGCAAGGUGCCAGUGAGGCAGAUAUAGACAGUGACAGCGGCUACUGUAGCCCCAAACACAACCAGGCGACCGGGGUUACACAACGUACAGCCGAGACGACAGCAGCACCCACGGGAGUAGAAGCUGGCGUAAUGACAGCAGGGAACUGGGUUAAUGUAGCCUCUCAGGCCAUCCAAAAGCCAUGGGGGGACAGGAACAGCCCUUUCCACAGAGCAGAGCAGAGGAAGAACCCAGACCUGAGAAACUUCUCACAGGACUUCCAUGGUAGCUACCAGGGGCGCACACAGCCAAACCUGAACCAUAAUGGUAACCAAGCAGAACGGAGGCUACAGACAGGAGUGGUGACUGGUACAGAGCUCAACCCAGAGCCUCUUUACUUUGAGGACGAAGAUGAGUUUCCAGAUCUGGCCUCAGGUGGGACUGUCCAGCGUAGCACCAAACCAGAAUCCACCCCAGUCCAGACACAAACACAAGCCAAGCUCCCCAAAAACCUGCUGGAUAACCUGCCAGAAAACUCUCCCAUCAACAUUGUCCAGACACCCAUCCCCAUCACCACCUCUGUUCCCAAGAGGGCCAAGAGCCAGAGGAAGAAGGCUCUGGCUGCUGCCCUGGCCACUGCACAGGAGUACUCUGAGAUCAGCAUGGAGCAGAGGAAGUUACAGGAGGCACUCACCAAAGCAGCAGGGAAGAAGAGUAAAACUCCCGUCCAGCUAGACCUUGGAGACAUGCUGGCAGCUCUGGAGAAACAUCAGCAGGCUAUGAAGGCCAGACAGCUCACAAAUACCAAGCCACUGUCUUUGACAGUGGGUACGACGACUCCAUUCCAUGGUUCAGGUUCAACCAAUGUGCCGUUGAAGGGCCAACAACAGCCAUACUCAUCCCCUCACAAUGCUCUGGAUUCCACUGCACCCCGAAUCAAGAGGGGAAAGGAGAGAGAGAUCCCCAAAGUCAAACGGCCCACGGCCCUUAAGAAGAUCAUCUUGAAGGAACGUGAAGGGAAGAAGGGAAAGGCUAAUGUAGAACAGGGGUCUACGGGCCAGGAGGAGCAUGGUGAUGAGGAGCUACAUUUUACUGAUGAUCUUGCAAGAGAGCCUGCAUCCCAAGAAGAAAAUGGUCUGAGUAUGCCCAGUGAUGCGUCCCUUUCCCCGGCCAGUCAAAACUCUCCGUACAGCAUCACCCCGGUAUCACAGGGUUCCCCUGCCAGCUCCGGCAUUGGGAGUCCCAUGGCUGCUAACGCUAUCACCAAGAUCCACAGCAGGCGAUUCAGAGAGUACUGUAACCAGGUGCUGAACAAGGAGAUCGAUGAGAGUGUGACCCUGCUGCUCCAGGAACUGGUUCGCUUCCAGGAGCGGGUGUACCAGAAAGACCCCACCAAGGCCAAGUCCAAACGCCGCCUGGUCAUGGGUCUCAGAGAAGUCACCAAGCACAUGAAGCUGCACAAGAUCAAGUGUGUUAUCAUCUCUCCCAACUGUGAGAAGAUCCAGGCCAAAGGCGGUUUGGAUGAAGCUCUAUACAAUGUAAUCGCCAUGGCCAGGGAGCAAGAGAUCCCAUUUGUCUUUGCCCUGGGCAGAAAGGCUCUGGGACGUUGCGUCAACAAACUAGUGCCUGUUAGUGUGGUUGGCAUCUUCAACUUCUCUGGAGCUGAGGGUCUGUUCAACCGUCUAGUGUCUCUGACAGAGGAGGCCCGGAAGGCCUACAAGGACAUGGUGUCAGCUCUGGAGCAGGAGCAGGCUGAAGAAGCUCUGAAGAACGUGAAGAAAGGCACACACAUGGGUCAUUCCCGCAACCCUUCUGCUGCUUCGGCCAUUUCGUUUUGCUCUGUCAUCUCUGAGCCCAUCUCAGAGGUCAACGAGAAGGAAUAUGAGACCAACUGGAGGAGUAUGGUGGACAGUUCAGAUGCCCUGGAGCCUGUAGAGGCUGAGCCUGUCCGCCCUGCUCCGUCUUUGGCUCCCCAGAGAGAUAAUGAGGGUCUCCCCACCACCAGCCCUACCACCUCUGGCUCCAUAGCUCCUCAGCCCAGGACAGGGCCACUGACACAGGGUACAGGAGAGCGGGAGGAGGUCCGUGUCGACGACCGGCUGGAGCUGGCCUCUCAGCAGAGCACGGAGACAGGCUCUCUGGAUGGGAGCUGUAGGGACCAGCUGAACUCCUCUAUCACUUCCACGACCUCCACCCUGGUCCCUGGCAUGCUGGAGGAGGCCGAGGAGGAGGAGGAAGAGGAGGAGGACUACACUCCUGAGCCCAUCUCUGUGGAGGUGCCGGCCCUCAGCAGCCGCAUUGAGUCCUGGGUCUCAAAGACCCUGGAGAACCUGCAGCUGGGGAAGAGUCAGGAGAGUACAGAGGAGGAAGAGGAGGAAGAAGAUGAAGUGGUGGGAGGACAGAGUGAGGAGGAAGAUGACUUGGAUUCAGCCGACAUCACAGAGACAAGGAUAGAGGGAAAGGAGAAGGAGGCUAAGAAGAUCGCUGGCUGAUGCUGCCUCUUCUUCUCCUGUCCCUCUUUAGCCUGGUUCAUUUUCUCUCUACUAUGUUUCUCUCACACAUCUCUCCUCAUAAGAACCAGCAGCUUUUUUCUUCUUCUUUUUUUUUUUUUUUUUUUUAUAACCCCUGACACCAGACGUAAUCUCAGGUAUCCAACAAACCAACCGACCAACACAGACACACACAGACCAAUAACAGACUCACAGAUCAACUGAUCAACGAACAGACGGACAGGAAGGCAAAGACCAAGCCACACCUAACACAGACUGAAGGGCAGUAUCACCUCUCUUAGUCAUUCUAAUGGACCCCAACAUUUAUUUCUUAAAAACAACUGACUUGUAUAGGAAAAAAAGAUGCUCUCACCCCUUCAGCCCAUAACCUGUUUACACUUGAAUUCAAAGGGAAGGUUUGAUUUCCUCCUCUGAAGCCGAACGCUCCCACAGCCAGGGAAAUACCAGGGAGUAAGCAAUAAAAGGAGAACUGAUCCUCACACAGACCUUGUGCUCUUACUCCUGUGGUAUGUUGCAGACAGAGGAUGAAGGUUGGGACCUCUCGGCUUCAUCUUUUUUUUGUACAGAGCUUACAGAAAGUUUACAGCUCUGCGUGUGUUUCUGUGUUUGUGUGCUCAAGUGUGUGUGUGGGCGCACGCAGAUGUGCAUUUGUGUGCUAGCCAGCACACAGACACCUAGUUAGCAUUUUGCUGUGUUUAUUAGCUUUAUCUCCUUAUGUAGUGUAUGCAUUGCUCCAGGAGGGAAGAAGUGUUUAUAUGAUAAUUAUUGCUUGGUUGGUUUUUUAGUUUAUACUUACAGAAUAUCACAGUGUCAGGGGUUCUGUUCUACCAAAACCACUCCCAUCCAUCAGUCUUCACAGAAUGUUUUUUUUUUUUUUUUUUUUUUUAAUGUGUGUGUGUGUGUGUGUGUGUGAGAGAGAGUCAAUUUGUGUCCCAUUCUCUACUCAAAUGAUAUAACAUAGGAACAAUAAUUUGACCGACUAAAAUGAAGUGAAACAAGCUUUGUGUAUAUAACAUGUCUCAUUGGUUCUACUAAGUAAUGGCCUGUCAUAUUGAUCUUGCCUAGUGUGAAGCAUUUUGAGUCAUUUUCUUCUGUUUGGAAUGGUCUUGAGUUGCUAGCUGCUGUCUCCUGUGCCACGUUGUGCUCCUCUUCUCUUCUCUCUGGUGUUUGUUUUCUGAUGAUCUGCCCUCUACAGGGGGGCUGACACUUUGCUGAGGCAGGGUAAUGGCAUAACACAGGCUUUUUUCCCCUUUUUUUUCAGAAGCCUAUCUGAUAUAUCAUCGUUUAACUCUGCCCUAAAAAGCUCUUUCACAAGUGUUUUGGUAAAUGAGAUCAUGGAAGUAGAUGUUAGCAGCAGUGUUAGUCACUUGGAUGGAAAACAUUUCUCUUUAAAUUGCAUUUAGGCUCUUACAUAGUCAGCUGUAUUAUGAAACAGGAAACUUGAAAGAUGUUCUGCAUCUGAUUUUUGUUUUUUCCCCUUAAAGUCUUUUUUUUUUUUUUUUACCUACAAUGACUUGCACUAGCAAUUGCUAGAAACCUCUGCUGACAGUUGUUUCAGUUACUUGGUUGUUAUUAUCUCAAUAACCAAUUCACAAAAAAGAGAAGCAGGUAUUCUUUGAUAGAUUUGACGGAUUCCCAGGUUCACUGCAAAACCCCAUGCAUAUGUCUGUUAGAAAUUGAAAACAAUCAUGAUGUUUGUCCAGAUUUGAACUUAUCAGAGAUGUGUAACUGUGUACUCCUGGGCCGCUACCCACAGCUGGUCUUCACUCAGCCUCCAGUCCAUGUGCCGCAGCAAGUUUGCUCUCUCAUUGGUCACCCUUCAGGAGCAGAGUCACCACAGGAAUUCAAACAAAUUGACACAAAGUCAUUAUGCACAUAAUCAUUAUUAAACCGGUGUAAAUAGAAAUGUAUAAAAUAUUUUGAAUUUACAGCGUAUUAAAACAAAACAAAACAAAACAAAACAAAAAAAAAAUCACCUUGUUCUUAAAGCCAUUUGAUAGAAACAGACUAACAUUUUAUCAGUUGGACUUCAAUUUGAUAAUAGUAUUUGAUAGUGAAUCAUAGUCAGCUGUUAGCCAGUCAGUGAUGAUGCCGUGUGUCAAAGCAGUAUGUUGGGCCAUAUGCAAUAUGAAGCCCUGAGAUGGGAGAAAACAGUGUACUGUAUAUCAUACUUGGGAUUAUGAAAGUCUUUAUAGUUUGAUAAAAGGUACGCUGUGUGUAGGCUUUUUGUUGCUAUCACUUCCAUCAAAGUGUGUUUGGAGUGUGUAAAUGACAGCAAGUUUGUUCUUUGCACUAUGUAAAUACAGUACUAGUAAAAGUCUUGUAACUAAUGUGAAAAAAGAAGAAAAAAAAACGGUUCAAUGAAGUACUUUUUCAGUGUGUUUCUUGUCUUUAUAUGGAUAUUUAAGGUUGUCUCUUUCAGACUGUACUUCACUAGCAACAUUGUUAGAGGCUGUUUCUCAUACCCCAUUAUACUUAAACUAUCUGGACUGAUGAUUAAUAUCAUUAAAAUGUUUUAAGUAAA